GUCGGAAUAUGCUGAGUCAGUUAGCUGGGUGACGUCCAUAGGCUAAUUGUUCCACCUCCAUCCGAAUCACGACUCUGUACCUGAAAGCCGGGGUUUUCCCUUCCACAAAGAGCAGUUCGUGGUGGUGAUACGAUGAUAUCGGACGGCAAGACGUUGUCGAGCACGCGGGUAAACCAGUCCGAAGAAAGAGUGAUUAACUGAAUGUCCCAUUUCAUGUCUACUCCUACACCCAGGCUUCUUUGUUUCUCCCUACUCGAUGAUUUUGCUUGUUGACCUUCAACUCUCUCCACUCUCAACCCUCGACACAUAUUGACAUUUUUUUCCUUGUGGGCUAUGAUCACGAACUAGGAGAAAAAUCACCUGACAAGUCCAGCUCACUGGUGCAAGAUCAUAACUAUUACCAAUAUCACAUCUGAAGAAUGGCUAUGGCAUCUUCUGCCGCCGAUGGCGCGAUGUCUCAAGGUUCCGAUGCGCGGUAUAACCCGAACCAUGAGUACAGCUUGGGUACUCGCCGACUGAAAACCGACUACCCCACCGUGGCUUACGAGGAAUUCAACGUCGAAGCCCAUCAGCCCGUCACUGCCGAAACCCAUGCCUUCGAGGAGGGCGAAUUCGUGCCCCAUGGCUUCUUCAACCGUGUCGGCCCGUUGUGCUUCACCAUCCCACCCCCGGUGUUUCAAUGGUCAUAUGAGAUGCGUCGACAAGCCCAGGCAUUAUUACCUUUUCUCUACCUGGGCCCCUGGAGCUGUCUCGCCGACCGUGGCCGACUCGCCCAGGAAGGAAUUACGUUUCUCUUAGCCGUUCGCGAUAAGCGACUCGCGAUGGCCAGUCUCAUCAGCGGCAAGAAGGCAGCAGAGGCUUUGCAGAUCGCGGAAGGCACCGUAGAUUUCGCGGACAAUCAAGAGCUGAUCGCGAUUCUACCGCAACUUAUCCGCCAUAUCAAUUCCCAUGUCGCUUCCUCAACCUCCACUGGGGGCCAUACACUGAACAAGGUUCUGCUCUUUUGCGAAACGGGGAAUGGCCCAUCAGCGGUGUUGGCGAUCGCGUAUCUGAUGGUGAUGCUCAAUGCCAGCUUGCCGCAGGCUCUGCAAUAUGUCUCAGCGCGCCGGUUCUGCAUCGACAUGGAUGAUUCCUUGAGUCAGCUAUUGUUGUCCUUCGAGAGCAUCCUCAACGCCAAGCGGGACGUGGAAAGAGCCAGACGGGCGAGUGAGGCGCAGAAUGCUACAGUCAGAGCUGUGGCCCGCAAACGUGAUGCUACCGAGCUCGAUAUGGACGACGAAGAUGUCGAUGCCAUGGCGCUAGAAGCCGGAGAGGAGGCUGAGGGUAGAAGACCGCUGGCUCCAUUUCAGGAUCGGUCAGGUUGACAUGCAUCGGUGGAUGUUUUUCGUUGAGUCGUUUCAUGGUUUAUUGAAAGCAUGUUUCAAGCUUCUGUGUUUAUCUGUCUGUGUCAAUCUCGUACAUAUCUGAGCCAUGAUUCCAUUUUCCUUUCGCAUAGGCUACC